GAUAUUUGAAAGACUGAAAAAAGUAUUUUUAUUAUUUACGUAUGUGUGCAAUACAAUUGACAUGUAUUAGUCUCGUAAUUAUAUAUAUAUAUAUAUACACAAUUGAUCAAGAGGGAGAAUUUUCACAGUGAAAUAUAGAAACGUGUACGCAGAGACAAGACGUCGUCCGCGAAGGUGAUAACAAAAAUUUUUCUACGUGAAACUUGUGUGCUGGUAAUUGUUGCGAAAAUCAAGUGCGUAAAUAGAUUGUCAAACAUGCUGACUUGUGCAGGCUUUGCAUUUGGCUUGCCAAGUUCGAGGAUGACGUUCACUAGGACUAAGUACGUGAAAAUAAGUGACAAGGGUUUGUGAUGAAUUUUAUUUAAUUUUUAUUCUUUCCAAAAUCAAAUAUUGGUGCCGUUUUUCGUUUUCUAUAUAUUGUUAUAUUGUUAUUAUUAUUAUUAUUGUUAAUUAUAUUUGAAAACGAAAAGAAAGAAAAAAAUUCUCGGUCCUGUUUAUUAUUACGUGGAAUGGCAGCAGCCCUAAAAAAGAAUCACUCUCGAAGAAGAUUAGCCGCUGUGACAUUUCUGUCCAAUAUUUCAUUGGAUGGAAGCCAUCGAGACACCAAGUUAGCAUUAUUACCACGUAACGGAGUUAUUUAUCAAAAAACACUACAGGAAAAUUCAAAUAAUGAAGCGAAUAAUUAUUCAAUUAAUUCCAAGGAAAAUUUAAAUAAUACAAAAACUAAUGGUGCACAACAAAUUGAAUCACCGUUAAAAAUAAGUGGCGAUUCAACAUCUUUUACACCAGCAAAAAUUGCUGUCAAUAGUUUUAUUGAAAAUGAGAGAAAUCAUCCUCAAUUAUCACCUGGAGCUUAUUGUUCCUUUAGAGAACGAGCUGGAACUGCUGGCAGUGAAUAUUCACUACCAGAACGACGUGUUGGAUCGUUGCAUUAUAAAAAAAGGAUAACACAUCAAACAUCCACAUUAUCAGAGGAUAUUAAACAUCAUUAUAAUAGCAGCAGCGAAAGUAUUGGUUCAGUUAGAUCAAAAUCAGCUUCUCUUGUUACUAAAUCAAAAGCAAAAACUUUCAAUAGUCUACAAUCAGGAUGCUUAAAUAGUGAAAUGAUACCGGAAGUCACAAAGGAAUUACGUUUAAUGCAACGUCCAAUUUCGAAUCAAAAAUUUCGUGAUGAUCGUCUUAUUCUCGUUUCAGCAAAAAGAGUUCCAUUUCUUGUAUUUUCUGCAAUACCUUACAAUAAAGGUCAACGAACCAGUUGCUGGCAAAUUGAAAGGGGUAAUUCGCCUGUCUUCAAAAGCUUCGCAGUGAAUAAUCCAAUUUUAAAAAGGUCAGAAUUGAGAAAAGACGCAGGAAGAAGGAAAAAUACAAUUGGCUCGAGGCCUUUAUCGGCUAUUAAUGAUAAUCUAGAUACUUAUGGUUUAUUGGGAAUUGAAAGGGCAAAAGAUGGACAGGAAAUAUCUUACGGCCAGUUACUUAUACCAUCUCGACAAUUUGUUAGGGAGAAAAAACUUUUAAAUAACGAUAACGAUGUUGUAGAUGCUAGUUUUCAAGCACAAAAACAUCACUUGGUUUCUAGAUAUCUUUCUUAUGAUUCUACUUCACACAGAAAUCAACAUGUAACAGAAUCUCCGCCUUUAUCAUUGACAGUCGACUCGAAAGCUUUUGAUUGGGAUGAGCAAAUUUUACAAUACAAUCCAAAUUUACUCGAUGAUCCUGAACUUAUUGCCGGAAAACAUCGUACUCUUCUGACGUUUACUUCAUAUAUGGCAUCUGUUAUUGAUUACGUGAGACCUUCAGAUUUAAAGAAAGAACUUAAUGAUAAAUUUAGAGAAAAAUUUCCCCAUAUUCAACUCACGUUAAGUAAAUUGCGAAGUUUGAAGCGAGAAAUGAGAAAAAUCGCCAAAAUGGAAUAUGGAAUUGAUCUAUUAACAGUGGCAAUGGCAUAUGUUUAUUUUGAGAAAUUAAUUUUGAGAAAUGUCGUCACAAAACAAACACGAAAAUUGUGCGCUGGUGCAUGUUUAUUACUUGCUGCAAAACUAAAUGAUGUGAAGGGUGAAGUUUUAAAAUCAUUAAUUGAGCGAAUAGAAAAUGUAUUUCGUCUAAAUCGGAAAGAAUUAAUAACAUCCGAAUUUGCUGUGUUGGUGACACUUGAAUUCGGCUUGCAUUUACCAAAUCGUGAAAUAAUUCCACAUUACGAGCGUCUUGUCUAUGAAUCCUGACCUUUCAUCACGUCAUUUGUUUCUGUUGCAAUAGGACUCUUCUCACCGAGAAAAUCAGUUUAGAUUUUCCUGCUUU